AUGGGCCUGGGCGACUUCACCGCGAUUAUGAACAAGAUCGUGGAGAAGGUGUGCAGCAAUUUACGCUACUGGGGCGACACGGACUGCGUCAUCGAGGUGAGUCUCCGUCUGUUUUUGGAGCUGAGCCGAGGCUACCAAGGCUGCCGCAUGCUUCUCGGGCUCGAAAGCGUCGAGUUUCUCCUCCAGAACCACACCGAAGAGACCUUCAAGUUCCUGGGCUCCCCGCGGUUAUUGUCGAUGCGGAACCAGUACUACGCCUCGCUGACGCGGUUGGUGCUGAUGGACAACGUGCCCGGACGCCUGGAGAUGUUCCUCGCGCCCUUCCUGUCGAUGCUGCAGCUGCUACAGCAGCAGCAGGACUUCGCGCAGGGGAACGUAACAGUAUUCCGCGGAGAGCCGAUCCAGCUGGUGAAGCUGUUUAAGGAUCUGCGAGGCGUGAGCGACUCCUGCACGGAUUCGCGGUCCUAUGGAAUUCUAUUCGAAACUUUCCAAAAUCAGGGGAAAUUCUGGAGUAGAUCGGAGCUGUUAUUCGCGGUAAUGCAGAAGACGGUGUCGGCGUUCCACGGGAAUGACGAGGUGUGCAACGCGAUGCUCCGCUGCCUGGUUUCGUUCGUCUCGAACGACGAUUCCCGCGUGGAUUCCGGCAGCACCAGCACCAACGGUAUCACGCUCUUCAAGAAAACCGCGGUGAUCCUCUGCGAGUACAUCCAGCUUCUGAUGGCGUCGUACCAGGAUUUCUCGUUGGCUCCGGACGGAGUGUUCACGUGCGCGCGGCUGGUGCUGCAGGCGCUGAAUAAAAUGCUGAGGGAGGGGAAGAGGAGGUCGAUGCUAGCGGGGAAGUACGUUCCGUUCGGCGUGUUCGUGCUGUAUAACGACAACUGCCUGCAGCAGACGCUGGAGGCGUGCAUGACGAUCGUGCUGCGCAUGCCGUUCUUCCAGAUGGAGAAGCGGCAGAAGCUGGAGAAGGCGGCGUUUACGUUUAUUGAUAUUCUGUUUACGAACCAUAUCGAGACGCUGAGUCGCAUGGCUCCGGAAGGGUUCAUCAACUUGAUGCGGUUUGUGGUGAUUGGAUUGGACGCGUAUGAUGAGGAGACGAUGGGCAAAUGUGCGGAUUGCAUCGAUCAGCUGGCAACGUAUUAUUAUCUGAACCGGACGCGAGAGACGCCGACGAUGCUGCGGUUGAAUCAGAUCGUGAGCGAAAACGCGUCGCUUUGGAACGAUUUGUUCGAGAAGAUUAUGAACUCGCUGCUCUUUAAUAAGACCUCAAGUGAUAUUUUGUCGAGGCCGAUUCACUCUAUUUUGCUAGUGGAUAUCAAUGUCGCCGAGAACUAUUAUAGAGUGAUCGCUUCCAGACAGCCGAAUGAUGUGAUUAUGAAGCUCAAGAAUUCGAUGAUAACGCUGACACAGAAUAUGGACAAAACGUUAGAGCCUAUCUUAAGAGAUCAGUUCUGUGAAAAAUGUAAAGACUUCAAAAAUGAGGUGUUAAGUUAUCUUGUUCUUUGGCGUGUUUGUGCUAACAAGCAAAUAAACAAAUAA